AUGAAACGAUUUGCCUGUUUGAAUAUACGCUCCUUUGGCCUAAGCAUAGCCUCUUUGGAUGUUUUAAUUGCUCUGUGCACCUUGAGCCUGUGCAGCUAUCAUCUAUAUAACGAUUUUAUGGACUUGACCCAAUGGCAACAGAGUGAUGUGCAGAUCCUGAGUCCAUUUGGAACAUUUGUGGCCACAUUGGUGGACUAUGUGCUGGUCCAUGAAUUUUCACAGGCAUUCUAUAUGAUAUUGACGGUCACUGUUUGGGUAAAGGCGUUGAUAAAUCUGGUGGUGGCUUGUAUUCUAGUCGAUGGCAUCAGACAACGACGACUUAUUUGUAUUGCCCCAUGGUUGAUUAAUGCGUGUGCAUCGAUGAUCAUCGAAGUGGCUAUCUUUGUAUGCCUAGAGCUAAAAAUUGAUGAAGUGGAUGCCUCCAUAGAUCGACGCAUUGCGCGCAGCGUGCUCUUUGGUGUAUUUAUUGUACUAAAUGCGCUCUUUGCCUAUGGCAUUUAUGCACUGUACCGCAUGCUGAAGACAUCAACAAAUGAGAAUCGAGCGCUGCAGGAGAGCAUUGUGGAAACGUCCGGUAUGUUUCAGCAUAUCAAGGUUUAAAGCAUUCACUGGCUAUUAAUUGGCAUUCUAUACACAUCUGAACGAACAGAAAGCAAACUAAUCUAACGGAUUUCAUAAAUUAAAGGUAUUUUCUCAUUCGAUGUACAAGCAUUUAUGUAAUUAAACAAA